GUAGGAGCUGGCCACUGACAGAAGCUCCAUCCACACUGACUGAUGCUCAACAAGCCCUGAUUUUGCGCUCAUAUUUUGCAGGUUUUACGCGCAUCCAAAAUGAAAGCCUUUAUUUCAACAGUGACAGUGCUGUGGGUGAUAACAAUACCCUGCAUGGAAGCUCUCCACGGAUUGUACAAUUUUGGCCAACAUGAAUUUUUCUACAAAAAGAAUAACUGCAAGCCAAUUCCUGCAAAUCUCCUCCUGUGCCACGACAUAGAGUACACAGAGAUGCGCCUCCCGAACCUGCUCGGACACGAAACCAUGAAUGAAGUUCUGCAGCAAGCUUCGUCUUGGAUCCCGCUUGUUCAGAAGCAAUGUCACCCCGACACAAGAAAGUUCCUCUGCUCCCUUUUCGCUCCCGUGUGUCUAGACGAUUUGGACGAGCCCAUACAGCCGUGCAGGUCUCUGUGCGAGAGCGUCAAGCACGGCUGCGCGCCCGUGAUGUCCGCGUUUGGCUUCCCUUGGCCAAAGAUGUUGGACUGCGACCGUUUCCCACUCGACAAUGACCUGUGCAUACCACCUGUAGGCAUCGAGAACUUUGCCCCAGCCACCAAAGAAGUGCCCAGGGUGUGCGAUGCUUGCAAGGAAACAGAUGAAAACGACAACGAGAUUGUUGACAACCUGUGUAAGAAUGACUUUGCCCUGAAGAUCAAAGUCAAGGAGAUCUCCUACAUUAACGGUGACACCAAGAUAGUGCCAGAGACCAAGAGCAAGACCAUUUACAAGCUGAACGGCAUGACGGACCGUGACCUGAAGAAGACGGUGUUGUGGUUGAAGGACGGCCUGCAGUGCAUCUGUGAGGAGAUGAAUGACAUCAACGCCGCCUACUUGGUCAUGGGCCAGAAGAUGGACGGCCAUCUGGUCAUCACCUCCCUGAAACGCUGGCAGAAGGGACAGCGAGAGUUUAAGAGGAUUUCCCGCAGCAUUCGCAAGCUGCAGUGCUAGGGAGGGGGGAAAAAACUGCAUGUGUCGGUGAUGAAGAAAAAGUUUAGUUGAGCUCUUUCCAAUUAACCCUUUCCAGUUGUCACACAAGUUUCAAUUACGGUUCAUAGAUAUCUAGAUUCCAUGUUUCUCUGGCCUUAGAAAACACACCACUUACUCUGUUUUUCAUUGGUUUAUAGUUUAAAAUGCCCAAUAAUUUAAAGAAUAGGCAAUAUGGAGCCUAUCUCUGGGUUGGCUAAAGCAUUCAUUUCACUGUACAAUUAUAAUUCUCAUGGAUUUUCACAUUCUCAAAGGUGCUAAGCCCCAAAACACUCGAGCUACAUUCACAUUUUUCAUCUAAACUACACAGCUUGUCCACGUCUUCUGAGCAGAUCACACAUUUAUAUCUGACACAGACACAGAGGUAAACAAAUAUAGAAAGAAAAAGUCACUUAACUAGCAGCAAUGUGAGAUUUUGUGAACUUCAUCCAUUGACUCCCAUUCAUUUUGCACUUAGUGGGCACUGGGCGCCCCCUGGUGGUCGGUUUUAACGUGGCGUCACCUCAUUAAUUGCAGUUAAUUGCACUCAGCUGGUAACCCAGGUGCAAAGGAAUCACUAAUUACAUGGUUAAAGUGUAAUCUAGCAGAGCUUUGAAUCCAGGAUUAAAAUGAUAGACUCUUACAAAUCAUUGACAGAUGUGGCCUGCUGUUAAAUCCUGUGUUAAGACCUUUUCCCUUUCUCAUCUGGUGUUCCCUGGGAUCUGUUUCUGUUUCUGCAUAUGCAUCAUAACCUAAAAAUGUAACUUUGUCGUGGGGCAUUCCUCAAACAAAAACUUAAAUCAUCAGCAGUUGUUUGUUUGGGAUUAUUCAAAACUCCAAUAUGGAGCAAAUUACACCACAAGAAUCUCCCUGAUUAAAGUAUUCAAACGAGUAAAUAAAAAGAACUGGAGGAGUUUAAGUCCUAAAUAAAGUACCUGCAUGCAAUUUAAAAACUAUUUUCUGUCACAGAACUGAUUACAAAAAUGGAUUCAUACUGAGUGAAGCUGUGACCCUGUGUGGGUAGUGUCACGUUCAAAGACGUUUGUGUUUUUAUAUUCCUACCGUUUUCUCAAGCAAAAAUGAGAGAUAGCUGGCUAUAUUCUCUUCCUGUUUUAAUAUUCUUGGCAAUCUUUUUGUACUUGAGCCACUGCAUACUUUUCUACCACAGUAUGAUUAAAAACUAAUAUUUUUCUACUCCAGACUUUCAUAUUUCAUUUAAAUCUUUUAUGUUAACUUUUGGUUUGCAUCUUCAUCCUGUUGUUUUAAUGAUAAAACACAAGUUGUUGUUUUUUUGUUUUUUUUAGAUAUUAACAAUGAAUAUCUGAGUUUUGGUUGGUAGUGUUGAUUUGAUGAGCAGUAACUUGUUAAGCGCAAAUAAUCAUGUGGUCGUGUGUUUGUGUAUGUGUGCAAUGUAAAGAGUAUUUUUUGAAAAGUAUUACUGUGUAAAUAUCAAAUACUGUCUUUUAUUCUUGUAUAAAGUUUUCAGCUAUUAAAAGCUGCCAACGACAUGUUUGAAAUGACUCGUUUCAGUGGUGUGUGCAUGUGUGUGUGGUAGGAAACUAACAUACCCACGGAUAACAGGAGUUUUUUCAUCCUGAUGACCACAGUUACAAGGCAGAAAAUAAACCAACUGUACGA